UGAUAUAUAAACCCCACUAAAAGUAGAACUGCCCAACCCAAACACAUUUCCCGCCAUGUUGACUCUCUCUCCUAAAGCCCCAUUUCUCUACAAACCCCAAAACCCUAACCCUAACCCUAAAAUUCAACAUUAUAAACCACAAAUUAACGGGAUUUACUGCAAAUCCGAGCUCCAAAGCGAAAGGGGUCUCGAAUUUGAGACCGGAGAGACCUUCUUUCGCCAUGAAAGUGCUAAAGGCCGAGACUUGGGGGUAUUAGCAGCAUCCCUGUACAAUCAAUCCAAAGGGAAAUUACGGGUGCUUGACGCAUUGUGUGGGUGUGGAAUCCGGUCCUUGCGCUACUUAAUGGAAGCGAAAGCGGAUUUUGUACUGGCAAAUGAUGCUAAUGAUGAGCACAGGAGGGUUAUUUUAGAGAAUUUGAAGAGAGUAGACAGAGGUUUUGGGGAUGAGAGAAAAUGGGUUGUUACACAUUUAGAUGCUAAUAGAGUGUUGAGUGAGUGUUACUUGCAAAAGGAUUUUUUUGAUUUGAUUGAUAUUGAUUCGUUUGGGAGUGAUAUUUCCUUGUUUUUGAGGUCUGCAAUGAACACAUUAAGUUUUGAUGGAUUGCUUUAUGUUACUUCUACUGAUGGCCACUCUUCAGGCGGUCACCAUCCUGACCAUUCUUUAGCUGCAUAUGGAGCAUAUGUACGUCCUAUGCCAUAUUCGAAUGAGGUUGGUUUGCGAAUGCUUAUAGGUGGGGCUGUGCGGGAAGCUUCUGUGCUUGGCUAUUAUAUCACACCACUUUUUUCUUACUACUCGUAUCAUGGACCUGUUUUUAGGGUCAUGCUAAGAGUAAAUCGAGGGAAGCUACUUGAAAACAGGCAUUAUGGUUUCAUCACCUACUGCAACAAUUGUGGAAAUUCACAAGAAUUUUCAUGGGCUGAACUUGGUCAGAUUAGUUGCUCUUGCAGUGGAUCACAUGGUUCAAGGUCGCUCGUUAUUUCAGGGCCCCUGUGGACAGGACCUCUUCAUAGUGCUGCCUACAUUAGUAAAAUGAUAAAUUUGGCUGAGGAAUGGGGAUGGAUAGGAAAUGGUGCAGAAACUGAUCUGGAAAAACUUCUGAAACAGAUGUUGGAUGAAAGUGAUCCCAGAUUAAAAUCUGGAUACAUCAAGAUGGAUGAGGUGGCAAGCCGGGCCAAAAUCAAUUCUCCUCCACUAAGGACCAUGAUGAGUGCAAUGCAAAAGGAGGGAUAUGCUACAAGCAGGUCGCACAUUGCUUCAAAUGCAAUCAAGACAGAUUGUCCCAUGUCAGUAUGCAUCAGGAUUUCUAAGGAACUACAGGGUGUUGAUAGUUUUUCUGUAUAAUUUUGGAGCAAACAUACUUGCUGUAGGAGCUGAACAUUAAUCAUUCAUUAAUCAUUCAAACAUACUGCAUGUGUGUGAGGAAUGAAGAAAUUGGUUAACAUUGAA